UUUAUUUUAAUAUGUAAAUGUUUAUAUGAAAAAGACUUUUUUUAUUACGUACAAAAUGUAUGUGUCACGAAAUAUGUACAUUAAGAUUAUGAUUCAUUGGCAGUAACUUUGAUUAUAUUGCAUAUUACUCUAAUAAGAUGAAAUAAACUUGAAAUUCUCGACAUUUCCAGAAAAAAUCAUAAUACAGCUUUUCUAGAAAAUAAAUUAAUAAAUACGAAAUCAUGGCAAUCAAGUGGAGAUUGUUUACGCUUCUCAUGUGGAAAAAUUUUACUGUCCGCAAAAGACAUUGGAAAGUCAGUUUUCUGGUUGAAAUUUUAAUUCCAGUAUUUCUUUUCACACUAAUUCAAGCAAUCCGAGAUGCCGUUGAUAUUGGUGGAUUAUCUGAUACGGAGAUUCAAUUCAAUGAUACAAUUUUUCCGAUUCAGAGUAGAGAGGAAUUAUUAAAAAUUGCUAAUGACUUGCAUCCCAGUAUUUAUUAUAUUCCGAAAAAUAAUUACACGGAAUAUUUAAUGGACAAGACUCGAAAUUGUUUGGGAUUAUACCGUGAAAGUGUCACCGGAUUUACUUCUGAAGAUGAUUUAAUGAAAGAAUAUACUUUAAAGAAAUUGGAGAGCGGUUAUUCUGCUAAGAUUUUGGCAAUUGUUUUCCAAAAUACGGAACAUUUUAAUUCAUCCUCAAAACAUUUAGAUUAUAUAAUUAGAACCGAUAGCACAUCGUUUAAUGGUGUUAAAAAUUUUCUCAACGAUAAUCCAUUUGUACAAACACAGAUGUGUUUGGACGAAUCAUUUCUAAAUUUGAAGAAACCGAAUUCAAUUUUUAAAAGUAAUAUUUCAAUGCAACAAAUACCGUUUCCGUCACAAAUUUUAAAUAUGCAGCCGAUACAAAAUGUAAUGGGUUCUAUAUAUGCAAUUGUAACGGUUUUUGCAUUUUUAAUUCCCCUCACAAUCGAGGCGACUUAUCCAUCGAAUGAAAAAGCUAUAGGAGUGAAUGUUCUUAUGUCAAUGAACGGCGUCAAGACGUAUCAAAAUUUACGAAGUUGGCUAAUAAGUGGAAUAUUAUUUAGCGUCUUUUACGUGGUACCUCGUUUAGUUUUAUUUAAAAUUUCCUUCUCGUCCCAAUCUUUACCGUAUUUGUACUAUGGAAACAUCUUCUUAGUUGGGAUAAUGUUUUUUGCCCACGUUGCUCAUCUUCUGUCAUUUGGAAUUCACAUUGCAUCUUACUUCUCCAAAUCUAUAUUCAGAUCAUUGGCGAUUCCAAUUUUAUAUUCUGGUUCAAAUUAUUUGCAACUAUUUUUGAUAAAACAAGGGAAUUAUUCUAUUAUUCCUUAUUUGGGAAUAAUUUUUCCAAAUAUGCUUCUAUACAGAUUAUGUGAGGAAAUUCAUUAUUAUGAGGACAAAUUAAUUGGUGUUGGAUGGAAGAAUUUUUUCGUAGUUGGCGAUAAAAAUUAUUCAGAAACCGGAUGUCUGGGCAAUAUCUUGAUAUUUUCGAUUCUUGGCACUAUCAUACAUUUUUCUUUGGCUUUGUACGCUUCCGCAUUAUUUCCAGGAAAAUACGGAGUCCCAAAGCAUCCUCUAUAUUUCUUAAAGUUUUUCAAGUCGAAAAAAGUAUCUUCAGAAGAAGAAUCGUAUGAAAAUUGUAAUAACACGGAAGGAAAACCUUUCGAGGCGGUACCGAAAAAUGUCUACACUCCUGGCAUUCAAAUUCGUAAUUUGAAAAAAUCAUAUUUUACAAAUUGGUUCAGUAGAACGAAAACUGAAGCGCUGCGAGGAAUUUCAAUAGAUUUCUAUAAAGGACAAAUAACAACCCUACUUGGUCACAAUGGCGCUGGAAAAACAACAAUGAUGUCAAUCUUAACAGGAAUAUUGAGUCCUUCAGAUGGAACUGUUCUAAUAAAUGGCAAAAAUAUAAGCGAUGAAUUGGAAGAAAUUGUAACAGACUUGGGUCUCUGUCCUCAAGAAGAUAUUUUAUUUCCCGAUUUCACCGUUUUUGAACAAAUUCAAUUUUUCGGCUUGCUAAAACACAAAAAUAGAACGAGAAGUCAAGUGUCAAAUGAUGUAUACGAUUUAUUGUUAAAAUUAAAAUUAACCGACAAACGAAACGAAAUUCCUGCAAAACUUUCUGGAGGUCAAAAAAGAAGAGUUUGUCUCGGAAUGGCGAUAAUUGGCAAUGCAUCAACUCUAAUACUUGACGAACCCACAUCCGGAAUGGAUCCAGAAACAAGAAGAGAAUCAUGGGACAUUUUAUUGAAAAUGAGAGGAGAAAAAACAAUUUUAAUCAGCACACACAAUAUGGAAGAAGCCGAUGUUCUUGGGGACAGAACAGCAAUAAUAGAACUUGGAACAUUAAAAAGUUAUGGAACGCCACUAUUUUUGAAGAAAUUUUAUGGCGAAGGCAACAUGGAAGUUACAUUAUCAACUGAAGAAACGUGCGAUAUCGAAGAAGUAAAAAAUCAAUUACCGGAGGAAAGUCAGUUAGUUAGUCACGAUAGUGGAAAAAUCGUCUUUAGUAUUCCAUUCACGCAACGAUUACCAAACGAUUUUGACAGAAUUGAAGAAAAUAAAGAUCAACUCGGCAUAACUGGUAUAAGUGUCUCAUUAAUUACAUUGGAGCAAGUUUUUCUUCGGGCAACUAAGGAGGACAGUAGAGAUUCGAAUGACAACGAUUUUAUUUCUGAAGAAAUAAAGAAAAUUAAAGGUUAUCAACUUUUUAUACAAUCCGCCUGUGCUCUCUUUAGAAAAAAAUUCAUCUUCCUCCGGAAGAAUAUAAUGUCUCAUGCUGCAAUGGUGCUAUUACCAAUAUUAGGAUUACUCCUGAUGUCUUCAGCUUUCAAAAAAGUUCAAGAUACAAUUGAAGAGCCAAUAAGAGUCGACAACUAUCUAAAUCCAAUCAUUUUCUAUUACUCCAAUGACUCGAAUUACGAAAAAAUGUAUAAAAAUAUUAUUGAAAGUUACCAUGGAAAAACAGUCGUCACUGCAGAAAAUAAUAUUUCUUUAGCUCUAUUGAAUUUUAGCAGAAAUGAUCUUUCCGUUUAUCAGAAUAAUUUAUUAGCUGCAGCAAAUUUUCAACGAGUUAAAUCGAAAAUGAUUGACGUCACUGCACUGUAUUCAAACAGUAUAUUUGAAAGUGUACCAUUAACAUUAAAUUUGAUAUCCAACACUAUAAUAAAAAUUGUUGCUGGAGAAGAUUAUCAAAUUGAUGUUUCGAGACAAAAACUUCCGAAAGUUUACGAUUUUCAACAAGCUAUGAGAUCAGGAGGAGAAGAAGAUUUCACAAAAGUUAUUAUAUUUAUCAUAGCAUUAUUUCCAGCUCUUGCCUUAUAUGUCAUUCAUCCACUAAAAGAAUUAACAACAGGAAUUAAAGAUCUUCAGAGAAUGACUGGAGUCGCAAGUUAUUUAUAUUGGGGAUCAUUCCUACUCUUUGAUCUUCUACUCUUUUUCCUAACAAUAAUUAUCAUAUUAGUGGGAUUUUAUUUUAUGGACAUCAUUCUCGAUUUGCGGAUCUUUCGUGGAACUGAAAUUGGUAUUAUGUUCCUGUCUUUAACAUUGUUGGGAAUGAGUAUGUUUCCGUUUAUCUACAUAUUCAGUUUUAUGAAGAAAAAAGUCAACACUGUUGUAAAUAUUCUGAUAUACGUAUUUUUAUUAGCAGUGAUAAUUCAAUCAAUUGUAGAGACGCUAAUUAUGGUGUCAUUGGGAUCUCAUCCAAAAAUAAUGGAAAUAUUUACUGCCAUGAAUAACGAAAUUUUUAUGUUGAUACCGUCGGUGAGCUUUUUUUACAGUCAAAUUAAUUUUCUUGAAAUUGCCAGCAAAAAUGCAUUUUGUCGAAAAAUGCCCAAGUAUUUAGAGAAUUUUGACUGCGACGGUGGAAACAAAUGCUGUGAUUUAAAGUGCUCUAAUGGAGUUUGCGAGAAAUCUUUUGGAUAUUUUGAAAACUCUAGUGAUAGAAAUAGUCUUGGAAAAUGUUUCAUCUAUUUAUUCCUCACAUCUGUUUUGUAUUUCAUAAUUCUUGAAUUAUUGGAGCAUAAAGUGAUAUCUUUAAUUAUUCUAAAAUUAAGGAAACAACAAUCUGUCGAUGUACAACAAACUGAUGAUCAAGUAGCAAAUGAAAAGUCUUUAGUUUCUUCUGAAAUUACUCGAAUAGAAAACAAAGUUAAAAAUCCAAACAUGAAUGGAGAAUAUUCCAUUAUAAAUGCAAUUUCUGAAAAUGAAUCCAUUUAUUUGGUUCACGAAUUAAGUAAAUAUUACGGAAAUCUUGCGGCAGUAAAGGAAAUUAGUUUUAGUGUGAAGAAAAAAGAGUGUUUCGGAUUACUUGGAGUUAAUGGUGCUGGAAAAAGUACAACUUUUAGAAUGCUCACAGGAUUAGAAUUUCCAAACAGUGGAACCAUGUUUUUAAAUGAAAAAGAAAUUUCCACCAACAGAAAAGAGUACUUACGUCAGAUGGGAUAUUGUCCUCAAAAUCACGCUUUAAUAGAAUCACUGAAUUCUAAAGAUCAUCUUGAAUUGUUUGCAGCUCUUCGAGGAGUGCCAAAAUCUCAAAUAUCCGCCGAAGUGGAAAAUUGGAUUAAGAAAUUAAAAUUAAAUCUUUGUGCAAACCAGCCGAGUGCUAAUUACAGUGGAGGAAAUAAGCGACGAUUAAAUAUUGCAUUGGCUCUCAUUGGAAAUCCUAAUUUAGUACUAUUGGAUGAACCUACUACAGGAGUUGAUCCUGCUGCUCGAAGAUCCUUGUGGCGUGUGAUUAAAACAUGUCAAUUAAGUGGGCAAUCAAUUAUUCUCACUUCUCACAGCAUGGAGGAAUGUGAAGCACUUUGUAAUCGUCUAGUCAUCAUGGUAAAGGGACAGUUUGUUUGCAUUGGUCCGAGUGAGCAAUUAAAGCAGCGUUUCGGAGCUGGUUUUGAUAUAAGUAUCAAACUUAAUCCAAGUAGAAGCAGUAAAGAUGUCUUAAACGUGAAAAGAGGAAUGGAAGAAGCUUUGGAAUGCGAACUUCGCGAUGAACAUUUGGGAUAUUUAACGUAUCAUGUCACUAAUUCUAAAACGAAGUGGGAAACAAUGUACAACGUUAUGAGAGUUCUAAAAGUUCAGUACACCUUCAUUGAGGACUAUUCCAUAUUGUCAGCGACAUUAGAACAAUUAUUCUUACAAUUUGCAAGGGCUGACUCUCAAAAUAAUUCUUCUUAAUCUUCUUACAAUUUCUUUUUAAUAUAAAUUAAAAAAAUUACUACACCCAUAUUUUCCGCAAAGAGUAUUCAACGUUAAGAAAAAAAAAGUAUUUUUGAUAGAAAAAUAUGUACGAAAAUAUUUCCAAUAAGAGAAGAUACUUCAUUCUAUAUACUAUAACUUUUGAUGCAAUCUAUUUUGCAUUGUGAUGACACAAUGUGAUGACGCUUAUAAAUUUAAUGCCUAAGAGUCUGAUAUUUGUCUUUAACUUUUAACAAGAAAAAUAAUCUCAUUGUUAUCUCUGCUACAUUAAUAGCUAAACUGUUUAAGCUUAAAUAUAUAAUUAUACCCAGAGGAUAAAAAGAAACAAAGAAAAUAAUAAAGAUUCAAAUACAAUAUAAAUACAUUGUAAAAAAAACAAUGACAGUAUGAAAGUAAAUUUUAAUAAUUUACUAAUUUAUUAAUUUCAAUCGCUUCCAUCAGAUUUUAAAACAAAUUCAAAUUCAUUGAAUUUUAAUGCCUUAAAAAUUUUAAUUGAAUUCUCCAGUAUUUCUGUACUUAGUGAUUAUUUAAAUGCCUAACAGUGCCUAUUUUUAAAUUUUAGUAAAAAAAAAAAAUCUCUCUACUCUAAAAUGUAUUUGAUUGUGCAAAUACUUUUUUUUAAUAAGAACUUAUAAUAUUUUUAUACGCAUUA